CCGCUCCGGCGUCUAUAUAGGGCGAGGGAUCGCUGGGUACAGAGUUUCAGCAGCCCGCUUGCUGUGCCCUCAGCUCCGGAGAAGUGGGUUUUUUUGGGGGGGCGGGGGGAGGGAAGAGGGAAAAAAAGAGGAGAGGCUUUUAAAGCAGUUUUGUUUUUUUACCCCGGACUCCAAAGAAUCCCAAAGCUUUUAACCCCGUUAGCCGGUCUCUCCACCCUUUCCACAAACUUUUUCUCCUCCCUCCCACCCUUACCCCUCGCCCGCCAGCCGUCGUGGCUCAUCCCAAGCCCUGCUGGACAGCGGGGUCCUUGGGUUCCUCCUGCAUCUGCGACUCUCACAGGACCUAGAAACAUGUCGACCACACUUUUGUCUGCCUUCUAUGACAUCGACUUCUUUUGCAAGACGGAGAAAUCCCUGACCAACCUCAACUUGAACAGCAUGCUGGACAAGAAGGCCGUGGGAACGCCCGUGACCACCUCCCCCAGCUCAAGCUUCACGCCAGGAUUUCUCCGGAGGCACUCCACCAGCAACCUGCAGGCCCUUACGCACCCUAACCCGAGCCCGGCCACCGUUCCUGGCAACUGCUCCCCCAAGUUCACCGGUGUUAACAGCUGCAGCAGCUCAGGCGGCUCGAGCUCGUACAGUAACCUCAAGGAGCCGUCGGGGGGUGGCGGCAGUGCCGGCACUACGGCCCUGCUGAACAAGGAAAAUAAAUUCCGGGACCGAUCCUUCAGCGAGAACGGCGACCGGAGCCAGCAUCUCAUGCAGCUGCAGCAGCAACAGCAGCAGCAGAAGUCGGGCGGCGGCUCCCAGAUCAACUCCACGCGUUACAAGACGGAACUGUGCCGCCCCUUCGAGGAGAGCGGCACCUGCAAGUAUGGGGAGAAAUGUCAGUUCGCUCAUGGCUUCCACGAACUGCGGAGCCUGACCCGGCACCCCAAGUACAAGACUGAACUGUGCCGCACCUUCCACACCAUUGGCUUUUGCCCCUACGGGCCCCGCUGCCACUUCAUCCACAACGCGGAGGAGCGCCGCCCCUCGCCUUCCGGGGGCGCGGGGGGCAGCGGGGGGGACCUCCGCGCAUUCAGCCCCCGAGAGGCCCUGCAUUUGGGCUUUGCGGCUCACCCCCGGGAGCCGAGGCCCAAGCUGCACCACAGCCUCAGUUUCUCCGGCUUCUCCUCGGCGCACCACCAGCACCCGGGUGGCCUGGAGUCGCCCCUUCUCGAGAGCCCCACGUCCAGGACCCCGCCACCGGCCUCCUCCUGCUCCUCCUCCACCGCCUCUUCUUCAUCGUCGUGCUCCUCCACUUCCUCAUCGUCCUGCUCCUCCUCCGCGUCGUCCUCUUCCUCCUCGUCGGCCGUUGCCCCCUCCUGCUGUUCUCCGACAGCAGCUGCGGCUGCUGCGGCGGCGGCGCUGCUGUACGGCGCGGGCGGAGGGGGUGAGGACUUGCUCUCCCCGGCCCCGUGCGCCGCCUGCGCCAACAACGCCUUCGCCCCUUUCUCGGGCCAGGAGCUCAGUAACCUUAUCACGCCCCUCGCCAUUCACACCCACAACUUCGCGGUGGCCGCUGCCUAUUACCGCAGCCAGCAGCAACAGCAGCAGCCGCCCACUGCGCCCCACCCGACGGCCGCGGCAGCCGCUGCCGCCGCCGCUGCUGCUGCCGCUGCCGCCGUGGCCGCCGCCGCCCCGGCCUCCCCCCCCUUCAGCUUCCAGCCCCUGCGCCGCCUGUCCGAGUCUCCCGUGUUCGACGCGCCUCCCAGCCCCCCGGACUCGCUGUCGGACCGAGAAAGCUACUUGAGCGGCUCCCUUAGCUCAGGAAGCCUCAGUGGUUCCGAGUCCCCGAGCCUCGACUCUGGCCGCCGCCUGCCCAUUUUCAGCCGCCUCUCUAUCUCCGACGACUGAACCAGCAGAGCAGCAGCCCCAAGAGGAAGUCUUUUUUCGGGGGGGGGGUGGCCGGAGAGGGGAGGGGAACCGCUCUUCCAACCCUGAGGGGGGGGGCAGAUAAUGGGUCUAAGUGAGAUUGGGGAAAAGAGAGAGCUGGGGGUCAUUUGGCAGCCAAAAACAGACUGCAGAAGCCCUAGGAGGACUGGGGGGUGGGGAUCCCAGCUCCGUGAGCUGCCCCUUUCCCGGCCCUCCCCCAUUUUUCGGUUUCCUCUUGUUUGGGGAUUUUUAUUUUUUAUUAUUAAACGAAAUUGCCUUCUCGUUUAGCAAAAACAAAUCCAACGAACUUUUUGUAUUGAGAUGAACAAAACGAAUCUAUCUUACAGACAGGCAAAUGUAACGGGGAUAGAACAAAACAUAACCAAACAUUUGUUUUUCUAGACCUUGGAUGAGUUUUGAACUUUAGGGGGGGGGGGGGGCCAAGCCAGCACCAGCAGCUACCACCAUUCCAUCUCCUAAACUUUUGAAGCAUUAGUCACACUGCACAGAUGUGUGAACUGCCUUCUCUUUGCAGAAGUUUCUAAUGGUCAUUUGUCUUUGAAUACAGUGUAAACAAACAAAAAAGCCACAUUACUAAACUAUAAGCUUAUAAAAAUCCAGCGACCUGCCAAGAAUAUGCCUUGAUAACAGUCCUGUAGUUUUAUAUAUAGCUUUAUAUAAUGUGCUUAAGACACCACCCUUCCAUUCCAAAGUCAGUUCCAUCACCGCCACUUAGUGGAUAUUUCUUUUAGAAAAAUGUUGCCUUUGCUUUCUUGGGAAGCACUCAAACCGAGUUUAGGUUGUAAUUGUUGACAAAUAACUGCUGAUUUUUGUUUUGUUUAGCUGUUUUUUUGAGUUGAUGCACCCACUGCUCAACUCGAUAUGAAAAAAAACUAUUUAACUUAUUUAUUAUCUUGUGAAAAGUAUACAUUGAGAAUUUUGUUCAUACUGUAUUUAUCGGGUAUGAUGAAAAGCAAUAGAUAUAUAUUCUUUUAUUAUGUUUAAAUUAUGAUUGCCAUUAUUAAUCGGCGAAAUGUGGAGUGUAUGUUCUUUUCACAGUAAUAUAUGCCUUUUGUAACUUCACUUGGUUAUUUUAUUGUAAAUGAGUUAAAUCUUAAUUUAAGAGAUUGUAUGUAAUAUUUAUUUCAUUAAUUUCUUUUCUUGUUUACGUAAAUUUAAAAGAUUGCAUGAUUUCUUUAUAGAAAUCUAUCUCGAUGCUGUGGAAGUAGUUUGAGGAAGAUCUUUCUGAGAUUUCUUAGAAUGUAAAAAAAAAGGAAAAAGGAAAAAAAAGAUUGUAGCCCGUCCAACUUUAAAGAAAAAAAGAACCACAUACUUUGCAAUCAGACUUCAAAGUAUCAGACUUAAAACUCUCCAGCUUUACAAAUCAACCAAAAGUAUUUUUCAUUGCCUAAUUCCACCAAUCCCACUGUGAUAUAUACCCUUGAGUAUAAAAAAAAAUGUAGCAAUAAUUGAGGGGCCUCCAGUAUUAGUAUCCCAGUGCCUUUGGAAAGGCCCGGACUUGCCUUAAAUCUUCCUCAACCAAAUAAGUAUUUUCUUUCUUAAUGCUUGAGAAAAUUUGAAUGUAGGGAUGGGUUCAGCUACAGAAAUAGAAAAGUUUUACCACUUUUUAUUAAAAUAUACGCAAGAGGCCACCUCUUGGAUCUGAGACUUUAUUGUAGUAACAUGAACAUGCCUUUUUUUUUGUUAUUUCAAUUCCAAAACUUGUAAUUUUUUUUCUUUGUAGAAAGUUGGGAGUUCUCCCUCUCUUACCCCACCCCACCCCCCCUCUCCAAAACUUUCCUGGACGGUGGAUGAAUGAAUAAGUAGCUUGAGUCUUGUUUGUACAUAGGCACAGAACUGAGCCCUAUGUACUCUUUGGACUACUUUAACAGAAGUAUGUUUUUGAAUGUAUAACUAAAGAGCAAGUCAACUUGAGUUGUAAUAUAUUUUGGGGAGCCAGUUCACUACAAAUUGUGUGACUGUAAACUUUGUACUGUAAAUGUUUUGUAGUUUUUCCCCCAAUAAAAUUUUUUGGAAAAAAAAUCAAAUUAUUUUAA